GCUGGAAAGCGUCCGGGUUCCUGCUGCUGUAGCAUGCGCCGCGCGGCCCGGGCCACUCGCCGGUGCUCCCCGGCGUCCCCGCACCGAGCCCUCGGCCUGUCCUAGCAGGGCUCGCCGGUGCCAGGUCCCGCGCGGGCGGCUGCGCCCCUCUCGCCGCCGAGCUGCGCUCACCGCACGGACGGGCCCCCGCCUGUGUUCGCGGCGCCAGCAGAAGACUAAUCUUUGAAAAUAUGUAUUUGGGAGAUAGUCACGUUCUAUUGAAUACAUUGUGCUGGUGCUGCCAUCGAAAAAUCUGGUUACACUCUGGGGAGGCCUUCUACCGCUGCAGGACUGAACCUCCGCGGCUCUGAGAUGAGCGUCUGGCCCAAGUGCACACACCAUGAAUAGAUACACAACGAUCAAGCAGCUUGGGGAUGGGACCUACGGUUCCGUCCUGUUGGGAAGAAGCAUUGAGUCUGGGGAACUGAUUGCUAUCAAAAAAAUGAAAAGAAAGUUUUAUUCCUGGGAAGAAUGUAUGAACCUUCGGGAGGUUAAGUCAUUAAAGAAGCUCAACCAUGCCAAUGUAGUAAAAUUAAAGGAAGUUAUCAGGGAAAAUGAUAAUCUUUAUUUUAUCUUCGAGUACAUGAAGGAAAAUCUUUACCAGCUUAUUAAAGAAAGGAAUAAGUUGUUUCCUGAGUCAUCUAUAAGGAAUAUCAUGUAUCAGAUCCUGCAGGGACUUGCAUUUAUUCACAAGCAUGGCUUCUUCCACCGGGACUUAAAGCCCGAGAAUCUUCUCUGCAUGGGACCAGAACUCGUGAAAAUUGCAGACUUUGGGCUGGCCCGAGAAAUCCGAUCGAGACCUCCAUACACGGACUAUGUAUCUACCAGAUGGUACAGGGCCCCAGAAGUCCUCCUGAGAUCCACCAACUACAGCUCCCCCAUUGACGUCUGGGCCGUGGGCUGCAUCAUGGCAGAGGUGUACACCCUCAGACCGCUCUUUCCUGGUGCCAGUGAGAUUGAUACGAUAUUCAAAAUUUGCCAAGUCCUGGGGACACCAAAAAAGACCGACUGGCCUGAAGGCUACCAACUUUCAAGCGCUAUGAACUUCCGCUGGCCUCAGUGUGUCCCCAAUAACCUAAAGACCUUGAUUCCAAAUGCUAGCAGCGAAGCAAUUCAACUCCUGAGAGACAUGCUCCAGUGGGAUCCUAAGAAACGACCAACAGCUAGUCAGGCACUUCGAUACCCUUACUUCCUUAUUGGGCACCCACGAGGCAGCACCAUGCCGAGUAUUCAGGAUCCAGGAAAACCACAGAAAGACCUCCCGGAAAAGGCAGGUCCCGCUCCUCACAGAAAGCCAGUCCCUCCUGCUCAGCCCUUAACCAAGCCACAUCCACGGAUUUCUUCACGACCUCAUCAAGCCAGCCAGGUCCCUCAGCAUUUCACUUACCCCUACAAAGCAGAGGCCUCCAGGAAAGACCACCCGAACCAUCUUCAGGAGGACAAACCCAGCCCCUUGCAUUUCCCAUCCGUGCACAACAAGAAUCUGCCUUCGAAAGUCCUAGCUGGCCUGGAGCUCAAAAAUGGAGAGGUGAAGCCAAAGAGUAGGAGAAGGUGGGGUCUUAUUUCCAGAUCAACGAAGGAUUCCGAUGACUGGGCUGACUUGGAUGAUUUGGACUUCAGUCCCUCUUUCACCAGGAUUGAUGUGAAAAACAAGAAAAGACAGAGCGACGACACACUCUGCAGAUUUGAGAGUGUUUUAGACCUGAAGCCGUCUGAGCCCGUGAGUACCGGAAGCAGCGCCCCUACCCAGACUUCGUGUCAGCAGCGAGACACGCCAGCCCUGAGGUCCACCGCCAAGCAGCACUACUUGAAGCAUUCCCGAUACUUGCCUGGAAUCAAUAUAAGAAAUGGCAUCUUGCCAAACCCGAGCAAGGACUUCAUUCCAUCAAAUCCAUGGUCUAGUUCUGGUUUGUCUGGAAAGUCUUCAGGGACAGUAUCAGUCAUCAGCAAAAUAAAUUCAGUUGGUUCCGGCUCUACAAACUCUAGUGGAAUGACUGGAAACUACAUUCCUUCCUUUUUGAAAAAAGAAAUCGGUUCUGCUGUGCAGAGGGUACACCUGGCACCUGUCCCAGACCCUGCCCCUGGUUAUUCUUCUCUGAAGGCAGUGAGACCUCAUCCUGGGCGACCUUUCUUCCACACGCAGCCCAGAAGUACCCCUGGUUUGAUACCACGGCCUCCAGCUGCCCAGCCAGUGCACGGCCGGACGGACUGGGCUUCCAAGUACGCAUCUCGGCGAUGACCAUCUCAGCCACGAAGCCCUUCAAAAAGGGAAAGCACGACAUUCCCCCUUAGUUAACCGGUGUUGCACCUGCCAGAGACACAGCUGGCGUUAGAGUAAAACAACUCUUUGUAGCUACCGUUCUGAACUGAGACAUUUCAAUAUUCUUUUUAAAAGUUUUUUUUUUAAAUAUUGAUUUGGAUGCAAUACCCUUUUUUGUACGAAAUUAUUUUAUUCUAAAACUGGGUCCCAUUAUUUUCUUAAACCAGCAGCAUUUUGUAUAUAUGGGUUAUGUUUUAGCAUUUUAUACAGCCAACUUUGUAAUGAACUUUUUUAAAGAUUUAGUGACUUUCUUUUGUGGUUCCAGAUAAUAUUUUAUACAGAUUUUGAAAAAUGUAAUAAUAUUGACACAGUAUUGCAACAGGAGUGCAGUUUAAGACUAUGUGAUAAGAGUUAUUUAUUUGGUGUCUGCCAAUAUUUGGAAAGUAGUUAAAUUUUAAAUGUGGCUCAUUAGGUACUUCAGACUCUUGGAUUGGUGUUAGAAGAGCAUUCCUCUGCUAUUAACAUUACCAUUACCUUGAGUUUUUGAUUCCACUGUGCAGUUCGAAAGGUACUAUUAUGUAAGUCACUUUAACUUUAUGCCCCAGAUGAAAGAACUCCAAGUAAAAAUUUGCACAACAAUUUUUCAUGUAGCUACAGAUACCCCCCUCCAAAAAUCAACCUUUAUGAUGAUAUUCCUUCAUAUUAUAUUUUCUUCCAUUUUUGAAAUCAUGCAAGUACUAAUGAAAGGGAUACUUUUCAUGACAAAAUAUUCUCCACAAAAAGGUUAACACAGUCAGUUAAAAUUAUGUCCCUGCCAAGAUAUACGACCAAAAGGAAAAACAGGUUUGAAAGGCCGUGGAAAAUUUUUGGUUAUUAUAACUGCUGAAAUUUUGCAUUUCUCUUUAAGCCUGGCUGGAAGCAGCCGGUGAGUAAUCUUGUGUCCUAGCUGAAUUCUCAGGACAUUCUUGGGAGGGGUAAAGAUUUAUGGUGGGGGUUGUAUUCAUUUGCAAAGUGACAAGGAUCAAGAUGUUAGUGACCCUAACGUGCCACAUCUGAAUUCCUAACCACCUUGUGUAGUUCCUUUCAAGAGUUAAGAGCUCUCUUAGGCAGAGGCUGUUCCACUAAGAGCAAUGUUUACAGUGAUUUUUGAAACUGACAAAGCUAGUUUGGAGACAACGAAACAGGAAAGGUCCACUCUCAGCCAUGUCUGUGUGACCUCUGGUUACCAUGCAGGCAAGAAGGAAGGUCACCAGCAGGAAGUGUGACAUCAUCUUAGCAGUAUGUUGUCUCGUGGUGCCCCCAGGGAUCAAACUGCUCUUUUGGGUCCAGGUUCUGGAACCUAGCAAGUUGAACCACAGGAAAUGUGCACUUUUUAAAGGUUGAAAUGUAUCAAUAAGGCACUUACCCAUGGUUCAACCUAAUAGGUUGGCAAAUGAUUACUUUGCUAUGUUAAGAAUCCUUAACAAGUUACCAUGCCUUCCAAAGGGCUCUAAUCUAAAAUCAGGAAGUAAUUUAUACUUUAGAGAGUCUGGCUCAAAAACAUACUUGACCAAGCACUAUGACCUCGGGCAUGAGAAAGGCACAUAAUGGGUGUGGAUUUGAUAGGUGAUUUUGUCCUGUCGACAAGCUGGCAGCGAAGCUUCAGAAAAUGUAAAUACAAGCACAACUUGAAGCUCAACUCAUUUCUGCAUUCUAUUUUCAACUCGUUAUCUAAAGCAGCAGAAAAUGUUCUCAGAGAUGAGUCCUCUACAAUGAGGUUAAUAUUUAUUUUCUCUUUCUGUAUUAUAUAUAAAAAGUAAAUUAAUCUGAAACCUUGCUCAGCUUUCUGGAAAGCUGAUCCGAGAUUGUAUAUAUACCCCUUAGCGAAGCAGAUAGGUUGUCAAUACUCUUUAUACUCUAGUUUGUGUUAAGCUCAUUCCUUUGUUUUUUUAAUUGAAAAAAAUCUAGUUACCUGAUUAUUGUACAUAAUAAAAUGGUUUUUGUAAUCCUUUUGUAGAGCUCAGUUUUUAGAAAAUACUACCCAUUUUUUCCUUUUUAUUCUUUCCUUUGUUUACUAACUUCCCUUGGGAAGCCAAAUGUGUUCAUGUGAAAGCCAUGGAGCUGAUGUACAGUUGAGAACACCAGAAGACCGUAAGAAUUGUGUAAAUUCUAAAAGACCAGUGACGUUCUAUAAAUGACGCGCCCCCCCCCCCCCGGAUGGGUGAAGAUUAGUUGUGUGUGCAAACUUUGUGCUAAAGAAGGGAAGAGUGACCAUUUGUUAAGUGAAAAUAAAAUGCUUUUUCAUUUAUUUCUUGUUACUGUAGAACCAAUAAAAUAUCAUGCAAGAUA